AUGUUGCAAACAGAAUACAAACUUUUUCACGAAAGUUUUAUGAAAAAUAAUAAUGGAACAACAGCAUUCGAUAGCUUUUUACAUAUUCUGCCAUCAAGUUUUGCAAUAUUUCAUACAAUAACAUUAACAACAGCAUUAAGAUUGAAUAACAACAAUAUUCCAGUUAGAUUUCUAGUGGAAUUUUUAGUAAUUUGCGGUUCUCUAGUUCUAUGCACAACAGUCUUUAGUGAUGUUAUCGGUCAUAUAGUUUUGACAUUCGUUCUUAUUACAAUCACCUCAAUUAUCAAACAAUUGCAUGGAAAAUGUCACUUAACUCCAUUCGUUCAGAUUCCAGCGAUUUUGCCCGAUUUUAUCACAGUCGGACGCUCGAUAAUCAGCUUAAUCACUGCCGUGUGCAUAUUGGCUGUAGAUUUCCAAUGUUUUCCUAGAAAACUAGCAAAAACUGAAAAGUUUGGAUUUGGUCUUAUGGAUGUAGGCGUUGGACUGUUUGUAUUUAGUAAUGGAAUUGUUGUUAAACCGUCAGCCGUUCCAUUCUCAAAGAAGAAAUUUCAGAAACUUGUUGUCUCAUGCCUUCCACUCUUCAUACUUGGCUUUUCGAGACUCGUCCUGACCAAGGAAAUCAACUAUCAAGAGCACGUAACUGAAUACGGAGCUCAUUGGAAUUUUUUCAUUACUUUGGCUGUUACAAAAAUGCUUGGUACGGUGCUUGAAGGUUUUAUGAAGACAGCCGAGCAUAUAAAAUAUUCUGCAUUAAUGCUGAUGAUGUUUCACGAGACGUGCUUACAAUUAGGAUUAUCAAAUUUCAUAAUGGAUGAUAAUGGCAGUAGAAGUAACUUAAUUACAGCAAAUCGUGAAGGAAUAUUCUCCGUGACUGGAUAUGUCUCACUAUAUUUAUCAUCAAUCUUUAUCGGAACAGUUUUAAAGUCAGAUGGACAAGAGUUGCUGAAAGUACGAGAAGUAUUUUACAAAACAAUAAAAUUGGGUGUGAUAUCAGCAUUUUGUUGGAAAAUGAUUUUCGUCUGUAAUGGAAUGUUUGGGGUGUCACGACGAACAGCCAAUAUGGGAUAUAUAUUUUGGGUAUUAGCCAUUGGAACCACAAUGUUGACGCUAUUCAUGGGAAUAGAGAUGUUCAUAUAUUACACAAAUUUUAAUCGACCACAAUGGCAACAACAAGCAGAAUCAAAUACAAAAUCGCAACUUGACGAACCUGAUUUUCAUGUUCCUUAUGUUCCACUUAUCCUUCAAGCAAUCAAUUAUAAUGGUCUUGCAUUCUUUCUCAUGGCCAAUUUGUUUACGGGAAUUGUCAACAUAUGUUUUCAAACAAUGCUCCUGGGAACGUCAGCGAGUAUCCUCAUAAUUACAUAUUAUACGUUUCUAUUAAAUGUCAUUAUGGUCUUUUUAUACGUUAACAAAUUUAAGCUCAAAAUAUGGUAA